AUGGUUCUCGAUAUCUACCUCGAUCCAUGCACGAUCAACAGCCGCAAGGUCCUGUCAGGACUGGAUAUGAUGGGCACCAAGUAUGACUUCCACCACAUUGAUUACUUCAAGGGCGAGCACAAGGGCGAGGAAUUCAUGAAGAUCAACCCACACGCCACAGUCCCAGCAGCUAGAGAUGGCGAUCUCAGCUUGACUGAGUCCAACUCCAUCUUGAUGUACGCCGCAGACUUGGACGGUGAAAACAAGGCAUACCCAAAGGACCUCAAGGCACGCGCAGACUGCAACCGCUGGCUCCUCUGGGAGGCCUCCGUCUGGUUUCAGACCAACUACGUCUACGUCGUCGAGUAUGUCGUCAAGCCACUCCUCGGCGCCCAGCCAGAUGAGUCCAUCAUCGAGAAGGAAGCCCCAAAAUGGCACAAAGCCGCCGGCAUCCUCGAUGCCCGCCUCGCAAAGAACAAAUUCAUCCUCGGCAACGACCCCAGCAUCGCGGACAUCGCCAUCGCCGCCCCAAUGCACAUGCCCGAAGCCUCGCGUCUCCCACUCGACCAGCACAAGAACCUUUCUCGCUGGUAUAAAGAUAUUCAGCAGAUCCCCGCCUGGUCAAAGCACCAAGCUGCUGUUGACAAGGCUCUUACUCCCAACAAACAGGUUCGUGCCGAGUUCAAUUACACCAAAGAUCUUGGCGAUAAGCUUACCGAGAUUUACUUUUACGAAGACCCCAAGUCAGUAGACAUCCACGAGCCCGGCGACGAUCCGAGAACAAUGACUGUCACUAAUGGAUGGGAUCGCGUCAAGGAGUUCGAUGUGGAUAAGAAUGGGUUUGCGAUGAAGGAGUUUCAUAGUUCAUUUGAUUAUAAGAAACAGUGGGAAGAUACGGAUCUUGUGAGGGAAAAGUUCUACCCCGAAGUUGUCGAGUUUUUGAAGAAAGAAUUGGGCGCGAAAAGGGUUUUGGUUUUCGAUCAUACCAUUCGCACGAAGGGCAAUGCCAACAAACCCCUUACAGAUGAGAAAGCAACGUCUCAGCGUGCUCCAGUACGACUUGUUCAUUGCGACUAUACUGCCGAAUCGGGACCGGUGCGAGUGAAGCAGCUGCUGCCCGAAGAAGCGGAUGACCUACUGUCACGACGGACGGCGUUUGUCAAUGUUUGGAAACCCAUCAACAAAGUAGAAGAAAUGCCACUCGCUAUGUGUGACGUCCACUCGGCACCACCGGAUGACUUCUUCAAGCUCUACCUACGUUACCGCGACCGUACUGGCGAGAAUUACGUGAUGAGGCACAACGAUAAGCAUGAUUGGAUAUACUUCCCCGACAUGGUACCCGAGCAGACGAUCCUGUUGAAGACCUACGACUCCGACACAAGCAAAGCGCAGUUCGUGGGACACACAGCUUUCGAGGACCCGACAAGUAAGCCUGAUGCGCCUUUCCGGGAGAGUUGUGAGAUUCGGACAAUCUGCUUUUUCUAG